AUGAAAGGUGGUCAAUCCAAAGCUGAAGCGACGAGCACCGAUCAGAGAUUGAAAACUAGAGGUAGAAAGCCUGGGAAGAAGACAGCCAAGGAUCCAAACAAGCCCAAGAGAGCUCCAAGUGCUUUCUUCAUCUUCCUGGAUGAUUUCCGGCGGGAGUUUAACUUGGCGAAUCCUAAUAACAAGUCCGUCGCCACUGUUGGUAAGGCUGCAGGAGCUAAAUGGAAGUCUAUGACUGACGAAGAUAAAGCUCCUUACGCCGACAAGGCAGAGACUAGGAAGAUUGAAUAUGCUAAGAGUAUGCAACAGUACAACUUGAAACUGGCUAGUGGAACCAAUAGAGCUGAUGAUGAUGACAACAAGUCUGAAGUGGACGAAGCAGGAGGCAGCGCAGAGGAGGAAGAAGAAGACGAUUAA